CAGCGGAACUCAUCAGUUGGCUCCCACACUUACUCAGUAUAUCAAGUGAGCGAGCGGACUUGGAUCGGAGAUAAAGGUAUUGGACAUUGGUGAACGUCAGAUCACAGAAAAUAGCAGUAAUCCCAGUCCCAGUUCCGAUAAAAGAAGUCUGGCUUUUGCUACAAAUAUAACCGACUCAUUUUCUUUCUUCGAAACUGUCACGGAAACAUACAUUAGCUCAACGACGCACAUGGAGACAUCAGAAGAUAAGAAAAUGUCUACCGGAGGAGAGUUUGUAUCUUCAGUGGUAGAUGGCGUUGUUUCACUACUUUACGUAACUGUUUCAGACGUGGAAAAUAACUUAGAAAGCAACACCACCAACCUCCGUGUCUACUCUACAAUCAGUCUUCCCCCAGUAACUUCAAAUUCAUCAAAACAGAACAGUACAAGAAAUAUGUCAUCUUUAGAUUAUGAAUAUUACACAAUACAAGAAAACCAUAAAACUCCGCCUUCAGUAGAAAUGGAAAUUCCUGAACUUCGGUGCACUUUAGAAGAAGGUCUAGAAUGUAGAGAACAGAUAGUAUGUUUCGGUGAAGGUGACAUCGACUGUACAUUUGGGGAGAUGGACCUAGGUAACUUGCUCCCAUCUGAACCUGGAGGUUCUAUCACCGAUUUUCCAGAUGUCUUAAUCCCUGGCUCAGAUAAGGUAACUUCGGGGAUAGCAUCAGAAAACCCAAAGAAAACAGACCCUUCUUUCAAUAUACAAUCCCAUCAUACGGCUCCAUUUUUAAAUCCCCAAGAAGAAUUUACUAUACGUUUUGUUAAAAAGAAACAAUUUUACAACCUCCAUCAACAUCAAGACAUAGUGAAAUUGUCUACUAUGGAACAAAUGACUGAUAACUUUACAGAUGUAGCUGUGGAAAAUACUUCCUAUUAUCUAUCUUCUUCAACCAAGCCUCAAAAUAUAGACCGCUACUGUAAUAUAUCGAAAGAACUGAAAUGUAGUCCAACGCCAACAUAUAGGAUUUGUAGAGGGAGAUCUAAGUGUGCCGCUUACUUCGUCCACCAUAAAUUAGACAACUUGGAAGUCGUCGUAGUCAUGGUUAUCACUGUUGUGGGAUUUUUACUAACAGUCGUGCUGUUGUAUGUCUUUUUCAAAUCGUGAGUAUUCAACAAUAUAGUAAUCAAUUUACAUUAGCAUCCUGAAUUUUUUGGUAUUGUUACAACUAGUUGUAAUGUUAUAAGUCAUGUUCAGCCGUAAGCA